AACCCGUCCAAUCCCAUCCCGUACCAUCCCAUCUCUGCUCUGUAAAGUUCCGGUCGUCUCCUCCAGUGUCGUCCGUAUUUUCUCUCUGAUUUUUGUUGUUACGUUUCCCCUUCCUCUCUCUUCUAUUCUCUAUAAUCUGAAUUAAUCUGAAUUGUUGCGUUGGUUUGGGUACUGAUAUCAUAAAGUUAAUAAAAUAAAAAAGGAUAAAAAACUUAAAAACCGAAGAAGAAUGCUAAAGGGAGGCUUUAAACGACGACGUUCAACAUCACCCAAGAUUGUCGCCAGGUCAAAAUGCCCGGUGAAAAAGGAGAAAGCCUACUCUAUCACCGGCAGAGGAGGAGAAGAGACAGCGAACUGAGCGAAGUGCAGGGAGAAAAGGGAGCAUUGGAGAAGAGAGAACAUAAAAGUUCAACGGUGUUAAUAAUUUUCCGGUUGCAUGUCAUGAGUUGGCUAUGAUUUGGCAAGAGCCAAGAGGUGAUUACCUGGCAUUUUGUUAUUGGA